GCUAACUCAAUCGAUCAAUUAAACUUCAAAGAAAAAUGAGAGGUUUUUCAGUUAUUAUUUACCUUUCAUUUCUCCUUUGCCUUCUUCUCCUUGUUGGAGUAAAUGGGCAGGAAGGAGAUAAAAGAGAGGUUUAUGUGGUUUAUAUGGGAGCUAUUCAAUCACAGGCAUCUGAUAAUACUCUUAAAGAAAAUCACGUUCAGCUUCUUUCUUCUAUACUUCCAAGGGGACAACCUGUUGAGAAGUAUCUUCUACGUCGCUACAAACGCAGCUUCUCCGGAUUCGCCGCAAGGCUAUCGAAGAACGAGGCUGAUGCCAUUAGCAAGAAAGCUGGUGUUAUCUCAGUCUUUGUAGACCCAAUUUAUCAGUUACACACCACAAGGUCAUGGGACUUCUUGGAAGAAACAUCGGUCGAGACCGACUUGAACCCAACCACUGAAGCUGGCUCAUCUCCCACCUCUGGUGGGUCGGAUACCAUCAUUGGGCUAUUGGACACAGGAAUCUGGCCAGAAUCUGAAAGCUUCAGCGAUAAUGGAAUGGGUCCUAUUCCUAGCCGUUGGAAAGGAACUUGCAUGAAAGGGGAUGACUUCGAUUCUUCUAACUGUAACAAGAAGAUUAUUGGAGCAAGACAUUAUGAUAUUGAUGAUGAUGACUCUUCUUCUGUCAAUGUUCUUCCAACUGAUGUAAACUCCCCAAGAGAUGAUCUUGGUCAUGGCACCCAUACCUCUUCUACUGCAGCAGGAAAUCCAAUAAAGGAAGCUUCCUUCUAUGGCUUAGCUGAUGGGACUGCAAAAGGUGGAUCUAUUUCUUCAAGAAUUGCCAUGUACAAAGUCUGUGGAAUAGAUGGGUGUCCAGGCUCAGCAAUGCUAUCCGCAUUCGAUGAUGCAAUUGCAGAUGGAGUCGAUCUCUUGUCGAUUUCGAUCGGAGCAUCCAUAUUUCUUCGUCCCGAUUUUUCGACUGAUCCAAUUGCCAUUGGAGCCUUUCAUGCUGUUGAAAAGGGGAUUACAGUUGUGUGUUCAGCUGGGAAUGAUGGACCUGACGUUGGAUCUAUUGUGAAUACUGCACCUUGGAUUCUCACCGUCGGUGCGACAACUAUUGACCGGUAUUUUGAAUCUGAUGUUGUUUUGGGCGGGAAUAGUAAGGCAGUAAAGGGUGAAGCUAUAAACUUUUCUAAUCUAACAAAGUCUGCAACUUAUCCCCUCAUCUAUGCUGCCUCAGCAAGAUCAAAUUCAAGCUCUGCUGAUGAUGCAAGCCACUGUUAUCUUGACACACUAAAUGGGACAAAGAUCAAAGGAAAGAUUGUCAUUUGUAAGCAAUCAGAUAAUGAUUACUCGACCGGUACGAAAGCCGAAGAUAUAAAAAACAAUGGAGCGAUAGGCGCUAUUUUUGUCAAUGAUUUGGGAAAAUCUGUUCCCACAUUAUAUAUCGACUUUCCUGUCACCGAGGUUACCACAGAAGCAUCUAUCCAGAUCAUGAAGUAUAUCAAUUCCACAAAAAACCCAGUGGCUACAAUUCUUCCUUCGAUCACGGUUCCAAAGUAUAAGCCGGCACCAGAAGUGGCCUAUUUUUCAUCAAGAGGGCCUUCUCCUGAAACAAGCAAUAUUGUCAAGCCUGACAUUAGUGCUCCAGGAGUGAACAUACUAGCUUCAUGGACACAAAAUAAAGACAACAAUGUGGGGCCAUCUGGCCAUAAGCCCUCACACUUUAAUCUUGUUUCUGGAACCUCCAUGGCUUGCCCUCAUGUUGCAGGGAUUGCUGCAAUCAUCAAAUCAUGGAAUCCAACUUGGAGUCCAGCAGCCAUAAGAUCAGCAAUCAUGACAACAGCAAUGCAAACAAACAACAAUAAAUCUCCAAUAACAAUAGAUUCAGGUCUUGCUGCAACACCAUAUGAUUAUGGAUCAGGAGUAAUAAACCCUUCUAGUGUAUUGCAGCCUGGUUUGGUGUAUGAAACAGAGAAAAAUGACUACCUGCAAUUCCUCUGCAACUAUGGUUACACAACAGAUAUAAUCAAGAACAUGACAGUCAUUCCAAAUGGAUUCAAGUGCUCAAAAAAUUCAAGUAAGGAUUUGAUCUCCAACCUCAAUUACCCUUCAAUUGCGAUUUCAGAUUUCAAGGAAAGAAGAAUAGUUAAACGAGUGGUGAAGAAUGUUGGAGGUGCAGAAGCUACUACCUAUGUUGUUAGCAUAAAAUCACCACCAGAGUUGAACGUGGAGGUUUUACCGGAUAAGCUACAGUUCAGCAAAAGUGUAACAAACUUGAGCUACCAAGUAAGUUUUUCUGCUUCAAGUUCUCUACAGAAAGGUGACUACUUUGGAUCCAUUACUUGGUCAGAUGGAACUCAUAAGGUUAGAAGCCCUUUUGUGGUUAAAAGCAGUUGAACUAAAGCCUAAAAUUUGGGUAUUUUUUAGUAUUUAAUAAGUAGGGAAUGAAAAUUAGAAUAAGAAAGAUCAUUGUAAGAGUUAAAUUGCUCUAUGAUCAGCAGCGCAUCGUGUUUUAAAUAAAUAUUUGAAGUAUAGCUUCUUCUCGGUUAACUACUUGGAUGAUUUAUGAUGUGUUUAAUGAAAGCUACUGCAAAAUAAAUUAUUUGCCCAAAGCA